GAACUUAUUCGAGAUCCUGGGAUCCACCAUGAAAGUGCGACACAAGGAAUUCGUUCCGUGGUGACGGCGCAGCGAUUUCGUGAGGUAUAUUAGGAGGGGUGGGAGAGAGUGGUGGAGUAGAGUCAGCGUAGGGAUUGAAAUUGGAUACGGUUCGUGUUGCGCCUAUUCGCGCUGCUGUCUGAGUUGCAUGACGGGGAACGUGACGUGGGGAGGACCUGGUGUCGCAUCAGCCGCUUGUUUGAAUAGGACCUUGUGUCGUUGGGAUUAGCGUGGGCGGGAAUUGAGAGCGCAGGCGUGAGAAUUGCGGUAAGCUUCGGAGCGGGGACGGUCGUGAUUGCAGGUAGAAGAGGUUGUAGAGGAUUUCUUGAGAGGCUCGUAAAAGAGGGAGAGAGAGAGGGAGCAGAAGAGAGUUGAAGAGCGUGAGAGCUGGAUUGAGGUGGUUGUGGAGCGAUGCAGUCGCUGAUGAAAGUUGUGCUUGCACCUCGAACGGGGUCGGCGACGGAGAGCGAGAGGAGAAAGAAGAAGAAGGAGGAUGUUUUGCUGGAGCGCAGUUUGUCGUCUUCAACUCGGUAUCCGUCAAUGCCGCGGUACCCGCUGUCGCCCUUGCAUGGCGAAGUUGACGUCUCGGAGAUUCGCAAAGCAAAUUUGAAGGUUACAGGGAUGGAGUGCGCAGCGUGUGCGGGGUCCAUCGAGAAAGCCGUGAAGAGGUUGCCCGGCAUCGAGGAAGCAACGGUGUCAGUAUUGCAGAACCGGGCUCAAGUUGUGUACAGGCCCGCCUUCGUACAGGAGGAAAGCAUUCGGGAGGCGAUCGAGGACGCGGGGUUCGAGGCGGAAGCAAUUGUGGACGAUGCCGGUCAACGGAGCGGGAGCAUCAGCCGUUUUCGUAUCAAGGGCAUGACGUGCACCUCUUGCUCAAACUCCAUAGAGUCUUCGCUGAAAAAGCUGGAUGGAGUGCAAAAGGCCGUAGUAGCCCUCGCCACGGAGGAGUGCGAGGUGAGGCACGAUGCUGGAGUGAUUUCUCACGUCCAGCUUGCCGCCGCCAUAGAUGACCUGGGUUACGAGGCCGAGCUUCUGAUCGCAGGUGAAGAGACGAACAGAAUCCGUCUGCAGCUGGAAGGCGUGACGGCUGCAGCGGACUUCCAGCUCGUGAAAGAGAUGCUGGUGGCUCUGUCCGGCGUGACAUCGGUGGAUUUGGAUUUCAGCAAUGCGAUGGUCACAGUAUCGUACGAGCCCGACAGGGCUGGGCCGAGGACUUUCAUAGAGACCAUCGAGCAGGCGGGAGUUUUCACAGCGAAGUUGGAGGCACCUCGUGGUCGUGGGAGUCACGACAGGGGCUUGGAGAUCCAGCACCACAAGAAGUACUUCCUUUGGAGCUUGGUGUUCACGGUCCCAGUGUUCUUUUUGUCCAUGGUGUUUAUGUACAUACCAGGCAUUAUGGAGGGUCUGGAGCACGGCAGGCUGAACGGCUUGUCGAUCGGAGCUUUGCUGCGGUGGAUUCUUGCGACUCCGGUGCAGUUCCAAAGGAGCCCCAUCACCAUCAGCCGGCGUGCAUGCGCUCAAUGGAUACAACACAGAGAUGUCGGUGUGACAGCAACACUGAAAUUGAGCACUGCUGAGGAGAUUGAAGGCCAAGCGGUGGAGCUACUCCUUGACAACGACCAGGAUUCGUCCGCAAGACGCAGAUACCCGGACAGAAGUGUUCGUCAUCGGGUUGCUCCGCAUCUGCGUUCGCAACUGUGUUCGCAACGGCAUCGCAAUGCGACAAGCCUGCCGAGCACGGCAUUGACAGUGGGGCCCACCUUCAUGAACAACGCAAGGGUCCUGCAGCUCUCGAGACCUCGAGAACUUAUUCGAGAUCCUGGGAUCCACCAUGAAAGUGCGACACAAGGAAUUCGUUCCGUGGUGACGGCGCAGCGAUUUCGUGAGGACCUUGUGUCGUUGGGAUUAGCGUGGGCGGGAAUUGAGAGCGCAGGCGUGAGAAUUGCGGUAAGCUUCGGAGCGGGGACGGUCGUGAUUGCAGGUAGAAGAGGUUGUAGAGGAUUUCUUGAGAGGCUCGUAAAAGAGGGAGAGAGAGAGGGAGCAGAAGAGAGUUGA